AACUCAGUAUGCAUUAAAUAGCAUUUCACCCCCCUUUAAUGUAGUAAAGUUGUAUGUAGUCUAUGUUAUCUCUAUCGAUGUUCAGUAAACUCCUCUUGUGAUUUAUACCCUCCUCGUGCACUUGUUCUCUACGCUAACAGACACAUGACUGUAGCAGAAUCACAGACCCAAAACAGUUUUGUUUUGCACUGUUUUUCUAUCGUUUUGUUUUUUGUUUGGCAAUGGCAAUCCCAGCUGUCCAACUCCUGUGCCUGGAGCAACUGGACCGUUUGCUGGAGGACCAUACUAGGGACUUUCUCAAUCUGGCGUGCCUUACCCACUCCCCCACCGCUCGCUCUCUAAUUUCUACUACAUCGGCCUGAGCGAGCAGUGUAAGGCACGCCUACCGGCGAAAGGUCCCAGAGAGGAUUUCACCGUUUUCGUGGAGUGGGUGCUGGAGAAAAAUGGAUCCGCAUUUACCAUCUGCACCGCCGAAGAGGAAAUCUCCAGAAACACUCCCGAACCAGAGACCAGCCAGCCGCCAUCCCGCCAAACGGAUCUAGAGCCCUCACAGCUGCAGACCCCGAGCCAAUCACCGACACGGAGCAGGACCUCGAGAGCGCGACUGACCAGGUGUGUGAGCUGGCAACACUGUGCGUCGUGGGACGAUUAGUGGAGAUCGAGGGCGUGGAGGAAAGCCCUGCCCACACUUCUGCGACUGAGGGUGAGCUGUAUUUGGUUUCUGGAAGUUAUAUGGAGCAAUUUAUGGACCUUAUGGACUGGUUUAUGGAGGUAAUUUCUAAAUCCCCUGUUUCUCCGCUGGUUCCGUCCAGCCCUGAUCCUCCUGUAUACCCUCCCAGUCUCCCACUCCCACCUCCUCCAGUCAGUUUCUCUGCUCCAUUUCCGCUGGUUCCGCCCAGCCCUGAAUUUUCAGUUUCUCCGCUGGUUCCACCCAGCCCUGAAUUCUCUGUUUCUCUGCUGGUUCCGCCCAGCCCUGAAUCUCCUGUGUCACAGCUGGUUCCGUUCAGCCCUGAAUCUCCUGUAUUCCCUCCCUUCCUCCCUCUCCCGCCACCUCCUAGACCUGCCUGUUCCUCUGCUCCACUUCCACUGGUUCAGUCCAGCCCCGUAUCUCCUGUUUCUCUGCUGGCUCUGUCCAGCCCUGAUCCUCCUGUGUUUCCUCCCUUCCUCCCUCUCUCAUCUCCUCCUAGACCAGCCAGUUCCUCAACCUCAUCUCUGCUGGUGCCAGUCAGUCCCGCAGCUCACCCUCAGUCCGCGCCAUCUGGGCGCGAUGGUUCGCAGCAGGACUUCCAGUCUCCUGCUCUGCCUUGGCUGGUGGAUUCCCCGUCUCCGCCUCCAGCCUCUGAGCCCUGGACUCCUCCUCAGUCCUUUGACCUAGCGGCUCCACCUUGGCUCUUAGCUCCACCGUGGCCUGGCAUCCCACCUGCUCCACCGGGCUCCCUCUUCCCUCCGGCUCCACCUUGGUCAGUCAUCGACCAUCCACCGCCUCAGCACUUCAUUCCUCUGGCUUUGCCUCAUCAAUCCAUCCCUCUGGCUCUAUCAGGCUCCUCCUUCCCUCUGGUUCUGCCUCCAUCCUCAGUCACUCCGGCUCUGCAGUGGUCUUCCUCCUCCACCAUGGCUCCUCCCGCCGUCGACUCCAUCAUAAAUUUCCAUCCUGGCUGGUCUGUGGAGCACCAUUUGGCUCCUCCUGCUCCGGGCCCCUCCCUGGCUCCUCCCUCCAUCCAUCUAGCUCCUUGCUCCCUCUUCUUCUGCCUCUUGCCUGCCCCACGCCGGCCUCCAGAACCCCCACCCUCCCUCCGCUCGUAUUCCUCUCGCGGUGCGAGGACGCACCGUUCCGGGAGGGGGCGAACUGUUACAAAUGGCAAAAGACACCACAGAUUUGACCACCACAGAUGGGACUGGACAAGAGUAGAAGAGUGGACAGCCGCUUUUGAGCUGACCGAUGAUCAACACAACCGGGUGGCCACCAUAAAAUAA